UGCGAUUGGUCAAUGAGAGGCGAGGUGAUGAUGUCACCCCGGAGGUUGUUGGCUAAAAAUUAAGGCAAGCGAAGUAACAAGCUAGCUCACUUGAAAUUAAAAAUGAAAUUCACCCUAGGAGGACUCGUUGAUGAGGUUAAGGGCAGCUUCGUGUGUUGAUGAGCGCCGUGCCAUGCAGAGGAGACACAGCAGCAACACGGAUGGCAUGUCCUCUGAAAGGAACCGUAGCCAAACCCAGGGAUCCGAGAGCAGUCUGGAUGAAGGCGGCACGUUCGACUGUCUGAAACCCGAUUCGCCCGCGUUGCCCCAGCAGAUGUUUUCGGGCCUGGCAGGCAUCCCGUCGGCCGCAGUCUCCACUGCCCAGUUCCAGGCGGCCGGCUUAGUGCUGGGCUCGCCCCCGGACGUCUUUGUGCAGAUGACAGCGUCGUCCCGGGAAGCAGGCGGCCCUCAUCGCCCCGAGGGCCGAGCCUUCCUGCCUCACCCUCCUCACCACCAUUUUCACCAGCCACCGCCGCUGCAGCACGGGACCCCCUCACUCCUGCAACAGGCCACGGCGGUGGCGGCAGCGGCGGCAGGCUCAGAGAGGCACCACCGUGGCCCCCGAGAAGAGGCGGGCCCGGAGGACCCGGCCGCGCCGGCUCCAGCCUUCUCUGAGCUGAAGGCGAUGGUGACAUGGCUGCAGAGGGGCUUCCCGUUCAUCCUCAUUCUGCUGGCCAAAGUCUGCUUUCAGCAUAAGCUCGGUAUUGCCGUCUGCGUGGGGAUGGCCAGCACCUUUGCUUACGCCAACGCCACCUUCAAGCGUCAGGUGUCGCUGCGGGAGGAGCGCUCGGUGCUGGUGGCCCUGUGGGUAGCGCUGUUUCUCUCCGGCAACGUGGCGUACGUGUACUACACCUUCAGCCAAGAAGAGCUCUACAACAGGUGCUGCGCGUGUCACCUUCUCACAUGCGAGCGCAGUGUAAAAGGGGAAAAAAAAAUGGUAUGCGUGUGUGCGUCCUAUUCCAGCCUCCUGUUUUCCAAGCCCAAUCUGGACACUUUUGACUUCUUUGACCUCAUGUGGGCGGUGGGCAUCACCGACUUUGUCCUCAAGUUUGUCACCGUUGGACUGAAAUGCUUCAUCCUCGUUCUACCUGGCAUCCUCUUGGCGUUCAAGUCCAGGGGAAAGUUCUACCUGCUGAUCGAGGAGCUGAGUCAGCUGUUUCGCGCCCUGGUUCCCAUCCAGCUGUGGUACAAGUACAUCGUGGGAGAAGAGCCCUCGGCCAGCUACUUCUUAGGAGCCACGCUCAUGAUCGUCUACGGCAUCUGCAAGUCCCUUGACAUCUGCGGCCGAGCGUCGACCCUCCGCAAGGCCGCCGUCCUGCUCUGCCGCCCUCAGCGUUGCGGCGUGCGCGCCGGCAGCCAGCGAUGCAGCGAGGCCGGCGAUGUGUGCGCUCUUUGCCAGACGCGUUUCCGCGAGCCCGUCGCCCUCCUGUGCCAGCAUAUUUUCUGCGAGGAGUGUCUGAGUUCCUGGUUGGACCGGGAGAGGGCGUGCCCCCUGUGUCGCACCACCGUCGUGGAGACCCUCCGAUGCUGGAAGGACGGGACCACCUCCGCUCACUUCCAAAUCUACUAAAGCUGCAUGGUGAUGAUGCACUCACAGACGAAAAACAAAAAUUAAAUAUAAAAUAAAUGAUGUGAUCAUCUCUGGGCUCGAGAUCUAGCCUAGCUAUCAAAAUGGGACCGAUGGUGGAAAAUGGAUCGGUGAAACAGCAAGUGGUGGAUUUCCUUACAACAAAAAAACAAUUUAACAGGAGUUAAAUGUCAACUUUGACUACAGGACUAUUUUCAGACAUUGGACAAACUUCUCACACACCUGCGGGCUGAGAGCAGAGAGGCCACAUGAUGGCAGCAUUUCGUCUUGAAAUGUCUCAACGCAAUAAGAAAAUGGUCAAAUUAGAGGAGGCCAGCAUGGGAUACGAUUAGCUGCGUGAUCGGCUGGUGCAACUGCCGCCCGUCGGUAGGGACGAUGCCGUUUUAUUCAUCGGUAGGGACAUUUUAUUCAAACUUCCAAUUUAUUUGUUAUUGCUGUAUUCAAAUCGUGUUACACUGGUCAAAUCUAUGUUUUUCUUUUGUUUCUCACUUUUCUCUUCAUGAUAUGCUGUGGUAUAUAGGUCGCAAUGUAGUAAUUUAGACUGUGUGUCUGGAAGUAAAAACUUGGUUGUAAUCGGGACGGGACUUGAUAAGCAGAAUUGCUUCGACCCGCCUCCCUCUUUGACAAGUCAUAAUGUAAAAUUAAAUUGUGAUGAAAGUUGAUUAUGUACAUGCCGAAAUAAACAAAUCAAGUCAUUACCUUA